GCAAGACAUCAGAGUACAGCAGAGCUUUGCAAGCAGAGUGCUGCUUGUGAAAGAGACAGUGUGUGUAUGUUUGGAAGCGGGUAUCUGGCUGAAAGGACAUUUUGGUACUCGAGGUUUAUAUGUAUAACCUUGUAAAAGGGUGCGUCUUCCCAGACUUUUUAUGUGCUGUGGCAUUUUUAUGUAACAGUGAGCACCAAAUAUGAGUUCAUGUAUUGGGCUGUAUUUUGCUUGAAAAAUGACAGAAAACACAUUUUACAGUGUCUUGUGUAGUAGAAAGUGAGUCUUCAAAAUAUUUUUUUAGCACAAUUGCAUGACAUAGUGAGUGUGUCGUAUACACAGCAUGUCUCUACGGACUGAGCUUCUAAAGUCUGUGUGGUAUGCCUUUACAUCUUUGGAUACAGAAAAAAGUGGAAAAGUUUCCAAAUCCCAGCUAAAGGUGCUGUCUCACAACCUAUAUACUGUAUUAUGUAUUCCACAUGACCCUGUGGCCUUGGAAGAUCACUUUCGUGAUGACGACGAUGGGCCUGUAUCCAGCCAAGGCUAUAUGCCUUAUUUGAACCAGUACAUACUGGAUAAGGCAGUGGAAGGGACCUUUGUAAAGGAGAGCUUCCAUGAGUUAUGUUGGACAUUGACAGCAAAGAAAAACUACCGUCCAGUACAAACUGCACUAUCUAACAGAGAUGCCUUUCAUCUGUGGUGUCUCUUCAACUACCUUUCAGAAGAUUCCUACCCUGUCAUCAUGGUUGCUGAUGAGGUGCAGUACCUUCUGCAAAAGCUGCUUUCUAUAGCCCUAAUGGAGGUGACAGAAGUAGAGUUGGGAGAUGUUUUAUCCUCAUUAAGCCCUGUGGUCACUGUGUGGGAGUUUCUUCAGGUGAUGACAUCGCCAAAAUUCUUAAAGAGUAUGAGUACUGAAACUCUAAGCAUAGCAAUCCAGGACUUGUAUGAAGAGGUGAUUCAAGAUGUUCUGAAACAGGGCUAUCUCCUUAAGAAAGCUAACCUGCGAAGAACAUGGACAGAGCGUUGGUUUAUUCUCAAGCCAAGUUCUUUGGGUUAUUACCUGAGUGAGGAAUGUAAGGAGAGAAAAGGAAUCAUAACAAUAGAUAAGGACUGUGGUGUGGAGAUUCUGCCUGACCGAGAUGGAAGACGAUGUAUGUUUUGUGUUAAAACAACUUCAAAAACACAUGAAAUGUGUGCAUCUGACACCAAACACCGUCAAGAGUGGGUGACAGCCAUCCAGACUGCUAUUCGCCUCCAGCAGUCUGGUUCUCUGUCACUACACAGAGAACUACAGAAGCGUCGCAGAGAACAAAGAGAGUUGCGUGAGCAACGAAGAGCAGCAAGGGAGUUGGAGAUGCAGAGACUAGCAGAACUACAGAAUGAAAAAGAAAGACAGCAGCAGGAGCUAGAACAGCUGAGGGAAGCACAGAAGAAAUCUGAGGAAAUCAUGCUACAGGAACAACAUAGACACAGGGAGCAACAAGAAGAGAUGAAGCGACAGCUUGAGUGCCAGUUAAGAGAGGCAGAAGAGGCGCGUGCCUCAAUGCAAGCUGAAAUGCAACUCAAAGAGACUGAGGCUGUGCAACAAAAACAAAGGAUCCAGGAAUUGGAGCAGUUGCAGGAUCAUUUACAGGAAGCACUGGCACAGGAGAUACGAGCUCGACAUGAUGAGGAGGCAUUCAGGCAUGCGCAAUCAAAGCUGUUGAUGCAAGAAGAGGAAAAGCUAAGGGUGCUGCUAAGGAUGCGUGAAGAACAGACUCAGUAUGUGGAGAGAGCACAGAAGGAGAAACAAGAGCUACAACAGGAAAUGGCAGUGACAAGCAAAGAACUACAGGAAGCCCAGAAGCAACUUGAAGAUGUGAGGGAAAACAGAGAAAGAGCAGAUAGGGAUGUGCAGGUGGCUCAAAAAAAGCUUCGUCAGGCCAGUACAAAUGUCAGACAUUGGAACAUCCAGAUGAACAGAUUAAUGCAUCCUAUAUCCCCAGGAGAGAAGCGAAUCGUUUCUGGUAGUGGAUUUCAAGGAUUAUGGGGCAUACCUUUCACACGACGUGAUUCAUCUCUAAAACGUCUGCAGACACUGGAUGGGAAAGACCAUACACACCCAGCAGGAGAACAUGUGGAGACUUUUCAUUAAGUCUUAGAGAUGCAGCAUUAUCUAUUUUUGAGACAUUGAAGUGAUUUAUGUUUGCAUGUAUAUGAAUUUAUACGGCUUUCUAUAAAUGAGUAAGUCAUAAUGACACAAAUGCUCUGUAAACAUAUUUUAUGAGACAGAAACCCAUUUUCUUGGAUAAAAA